GCCUACCGAGUCUGGCACCGAUACCGGGUACGCGUGUGUGUUGUUCGUGUGUUUAUAUAGCCUACAGGUUGAAAACAUAUUUUUUUCAUUGUUUUAACAGUGAGUAUUAUGGAUUAAAAGCCUACUAUAUAAUAUGUAACAUUAAAAAUUCCACUCAUAAAGAGGAGGAUAAAGAGGUAGUCAAAUUAAUAAAUGUUUGGAUCUCUUAUUUCUCUUUAGCUAAUACCGGUGGAUUAUGAGUGCUGAAACAGUUUGCAUGAGACAUCUGCUUUAGCCCAGUUCAGAUAUUCAGGUGGACAGGCUGCAGGCUACAGUAUGUUCCCCGUCAGCUCGCAUCGUUGUUAGUUUUACUGAGAUGCGAGGGGAGUGUACUCCGGCGAGGCGCGGUGACAUCACUGGCUUCCAUUGGAACAGACAAAGGCUCCGAGCUCUGGCGGAGGAUGCCGAUGUGGGUGCGGGCACCAUCAGGGGCGAAGAUGCUGCUACCUCCCGCUCGGUUGAUCGACUCCAUGUCGCCAGGCUGUAUAGCUGUCCAGGCACUUUGAUGAGGUCCGGUGGGGGUUAUUGGGUGGAAGUUGGAGGGCAGGCCUACCGAAAGAGACCAUGUAUUGGAGUACUGGCUUCGCCUCGUCCCGGUCCUGCGUGGUUGAGCUCGGCCGAAACCACAGCCUGCCCUUUGGGUUUUGUGGCUCUGAGGAACACCAGUCUUUAUAUGGAUACUUUGCCGCUGUUCCUUUACAGGACUACAGUGCGCUCGUGACGGGACUGGGUACCGACUCAUGGUGGAAGAAGACGCUCUAUGUCACCGGUGGAGCGCUCCUUGCCGCCGCCGCUUACCUAUUGCACGAGCUGCUCGCUAUCAGGAAGGAGCAGCAGCUGGACUCUAAGGACACCAUUAUCCUCCACCAGUUCUCCAGGCCCAACCACGGAGCCCCCAGCCUGUCGCCCUUCUGUCUGCAGCUGGAAACCUACCUGCGCAUGCUCGACCUCCCUUACCAGAACUACUUUGAUGGGGGGCUCUCGCCCCAGGGGAAGAUGCCCUGGAUCGAGUACAACCACCAGCAGGUCUCAGGGUCAGAGUUUAUAGUAGACUUCCUGGAGCAGAAGCUGGGCCUCAGCCUGAACAAGCACCUGAGUGCCCAGGAGAGGGCGCUGUCCCGUGCGGUUACCAUCAUGGUGGAGGAACACCUCUACUGGACCAUCGCCUACUGCCAGUGGGUGGAGCACCAGGAGCAGAGCCAGCAGCUGCUUCCCGUCUGCGGCCCCCUGAGUGGCGUGCUACGCUGGGUGCUGGGUCAGCUGACGAGCGGCGUGCUCCAGAGAGAGAUGUACGGCCAGGGCCUGGGGCGGCUCCCCCGCGAGCACAUCUACCUGCAGAUGGAGAAGGACCUGCGCACGCUGGCCGAUCUACUGGGUGAGAAGCGCUACUUCCUGGGAGGCUGUGUGUCUCAGCUGGACGCUAGCGUCUUCGGCCUGCUGGCCGUGCCCAUGUGGAGCCUGCCGGGGUCGCGACCCGAACAGCUCAUCAAAGGUGAGCUCAUCAACCUGGCCAUGUUCUGUGAGCGCAUGCGCAGGCGCUUCUGGCCCGAGUGGUUCGUGGACCUGGAGGACCUGUACUACGACGGGGAGACAGACAGCCGCGGGUCUCCCACUGGCCCUGCGGACCUGGGCCUGUUCUCCAGGACUGACACCCUGGAGGAGAGCGAGGACAGCGCCCCUCGGAGUGGAGACAAACACGGGCACGCGCGCUGCCGUGCACACUCCACCGACACGGACGCGUCCCUGUUUGACUCUGACGUGGGCACGGACUCAGACAACGAGCUGCAGCUCAAGGGAAGCCCUGACCCCUGCCCGGAAACGGCGAGCCAAAUCGUCUGAUGACAUCACUGCUUUUGCCGUGGCAGUCCCAAUGACAGGGCCUCUCAUGACCUGAUCAUCCAAUGAGGGCAUCUCUGAUAAAACAGUUCCGUCCAAUCAGAAUCAGAAAGGGUUUUAUGAGUGGACUUCUGAGGAGCUGUUCGUCCAAUGAAAGGGUUCGUUAUGAUUACCAUUAAUAAUGUCCUUCCAGAGCUCUGCACUGGUGUCUAUAUGCCGUGUAUGACAUCCUGUUAGUCAAGUGACUUCUUGUAUGAGUUUAUGGACUUCCUGUUUGGGCGUGUCAUGCUGUGACGUGUGCUCCCGUGGUCUGGCAGGGUUACAUGGUCUUAUUGACCUUCAGUGCUAGAGAGCCACUUGGACUGGUAGAAUGGAGGGGUGGAGAGAUGGAGGGAUAUAAGAUGGAGAGAUGGAGGGAUAUAAGAUGAAGAUGGAGGGAUAUAAGAUGGAGAGAUGGAGUCUGGAUGGAUGAAGGAGGAUGUUGACCAUGGUGAGCUGAUAACUGGACAAGUUUGGACGCAGUUCUACUUUUUCACCACCAGAGGCCGCCGUAGCUCUACAUUACUUUAUGCCAUUCUUUCUUCAGCCUCAAAUAAAAAAAUCUACAAAUCAUAAAGUAACACCAGAUUAAAUGUGUCCCCUAGUCAAAUUAACUGUGUAUGUGCAGAGUGAAUAGAGAUGAAUGUGAUUAAUGUGAUUGAUUGUUGGAUUUGACGUUGGGUUGUUCAUUUCUGACUGACCAAACCAGUGGCACUUUAUUUUAUUUUUUUAUUUGAAUGUCAACAUAGUCUAUGUCAAACUGUUAAUUUAUAUAACGGCUUGUUU